AUGGAUGAUCAGUUUAAUGUAACAUAUAUAACUCUUGGUGGGCACGUAGAAGUGGACAAAUACAGGUACCUUUAUUUUGUGAUCAUGUUCACAGUAUAUAUUUUUAUCAUUUGCAGUAAUGCUAUUAUUGUGUACCUGAUUGUGAUUCACCGAAACCUUCAUGAGCCUAUGUACAUUUUCAUUGCAGCUUUGUUAGUCAACUCUGUUCUCUACAGCACUGCUAUCUACCCAAAGUUUUUGAUUGACUUUUUAUCUGAAAAACAGAUCAUAUCACAUUCAGUAUGUCACUUUCAGUUCUUUCUAUUUUAUACUUUAGGCGGUUCAGAAUUCUUACUGUUGUCAGCCAUGGCUUACGACAGGUAUGUGUCUAUAUGUAAACCUCUGCAAUAUCCUGUUAUCAUGAGAAAAACCACUAUCAGUAUUUUCUUGCUUUUGGCCUGGCUUGUGCCAGCUUGUCAGGUGGCGGGGUCAGCUGCAUUGAGUGCUAGGAGAAAACUCUGUAACUUUACUUUGAAAGGAAUUUUUUGUAACAAUUCAAUUUACAAACUUCAUUGUGUGAGCUCAAGAGGACUAUCUAUAUAUGGUGUGAUUAUUUUGCUGAAUGUUGUAUUUUUUCCUUUGCUCUUCAUAGUUUUCACAUACAUAAAGAUUCUUGUAAUAUCAUAUCGAAGUAGUAGAGAAGUCAGGAAAAAAGCUGCACAGACAUGUUUACCCCACCUGCUGGUUUUAAUAAACCUUUCCUUGUUGUGUACAUAUGACAUUAUCAUACUGAGACUGGAAUCAGAACUUCCAAAAACUAUUCGUUUAAUUAUGACUUUGCAAGUAGUUUUGUAUCAUCCUCUCUUUAAUCCAAUCAUAUAUGGACUAAAAAUGAAAGAAAUCACUAAACACCUCUGUAAAUUGUUCUGUCGAGUCAAAAUAAUCUGA